CAUUCGUACACGGUUUUCUUCGUUUUUCGAUUAGGAAGAGAACCUUGUACGAUAAGAAUGCGAUCGAAGACGACAGAAACUCUACAAAACGGGAAAACGUAAAAAAAGAAACGUUUUUUCCUAAAACCGUUUCUUUUUCUUGUUUAACUUCAAUUUUUUUCUGAUCGAGAGUAUCGAUCGGUGGAGUUUCUCCCUGAGGCGGGGAGUCGUGACACCGAAAUAAUGAAUUAAAAUUAGUCACAUCGAGAUUAGGCUCCUAAUUAAAUUUCGCAAUAAAAACUUGGCGGAAUCGCGUGUUGGGAGAGCGAAAAAAACUGGCGAGAAUUUCGGAGCCAGCACUAUCUUGGAGCGCGGCAUUAAAGUUAGACGAUCGAAUUGAUACGUUAUCGCCUGAUCAGGUGAGAAACAUCAAUGAAAAGAUUGAAAUCAGCCUUUCAACGUUUAACGGCUACAAUUUUAAUCUCGAAACUAAAAAUAAGCGAGCGAAGAAUGAUUUUCUAGUGAAAGAAACGAAAAAAACACGAUCGAGUCGUUGGCCGAGGGAAACAUAUCGCGCUCAAUGUUUUUUAUUCGAUCAUCGAAUUCGAAGAUCUUCGGAAUCGAUUAUCGGGUAUAAAAGAUUGCGUCGAUGUGUCUGCGCUCAGCAGUUGUGAGUUUGGAUUACCGAGCAGAAUUCUCAGUCUUCUCGAUCUUCGAGCUUCUUUCGAAAGAUCUGCACUCCCAAAAACUCUGAGGUCGGUAUUUCCACUCGUAAAAAUCACUUUUCGUUCGAACGUUUCCAUUGGAAAUCACUUUCCACUGGAAACAUUUGUAAUGUACUACUUUUCAAAAAUUUUCAAAGUAUUUAAACACCGAUCACAAACAGCAUAGCAUUUUUUGGAUUUUCCUACUUUUCGUCCCUUCAAUUUUAAACAGCUUUACGUCGAUAGCAAAAAGUGAUGCACGUGAGAACUAUAUUUCGUUUUGUUUUCUAGUGUUGUUCGUCACGUCAGACUAGCAUUUACUAAUAAGUGGAAGUGUACUGUAAACCACGAAUUUUGACUGUCAGCAUAGUUAAUUCUGCGAUAAAUACACGAGUUCACGCCGAAUACGUGUGACAUUUUGUCACGCGUAUAGUUUUUUUCAGAGUUGCUCGAGCCUACUUAACAAUAUAAACAUUUGAAGUGACUGAAAACACUUUUGACUAUGCUUAUAGAGAAAAAGAGUCUUGAGUCUUUUGAAUAAAAGAUGCGAUCACUCGUUCUCUUGGCCGCUGCUGUCGUGGCUGUGACUUCCGUUGCCUCGGAAGAAAAAAAAAUAGUUUGCUACUUCGGCUCUUGGGCGACGUACCGACCCGGCGUAGGGAAGUUCGUUGUGGAGGACAUCGAUCCGAGUCUCUGUACCCACGUGGUCUACACGUUCGUCGGGCUCGACGCAGAAAACAAUGACGUGAAGCUGAUCGAUCCCUGGCAGGAUCUUCCGGACGGCGGUGGCCUCGACGGCUUCCGGCGCUUCAUAAAUUUGCGAAAUAGCCACAAGGACGUUAAGUUCCUCGUGGCGAUCGGCGGCUGGAACGAGGGCUCGAUCAACUACUCGGACAUGGUCUCGGACCCGGAAACUCGCCAGGAGUUCGUCGAGAACGUCGUCAAGUUCGUGCAAAAGUACGGCUUCGACGGGUUCGACGUCGACUGGGAAUACCCCGGACAACGCGGCGGCGAGGAAGAAGACGUGGACAAUUUUUCCGCCCUCGUCAAAGCCCUGAAAGAAGCUCUGGGCCAACGAGGCCUCAUCCUCUCCGCAGCGGUCGGCGCUCCCCGAUCCUCGGCCUCGCAGUCCUACAACAUCCCAGAAAUUUCUAAAUACGUCGAUUUCUUCAAUCUUCUCUCUUACGACUUUCAUGGCCCUUGGGAAAACUUCACUGGCAUUAAUUCUCCUCUUUUUCACGGAGCAAACGACGACGAGCGCGACCAGGCAUGGACCGUUGACGCUUCCGUCAAAUACUGGCUAUCGCAAGGUGCUCCACGAGAGAAAAUAGUCGUGGGGAUUCCCUUUUACGGUAGAUCGUGGACCCUGUUGAGUCGCACGCACACGAGCGUCGGAGACAUCACCGUAGGCCCGGGGCUGCUCGGCCCGUUCACGAGGGAAUCGGGAGUUCUCAGUUACAUGGAAAUUUGUCAAAAGCAGCAGAAAAGAGCGUGGACCGUUAAGUUCGACGAAGAGAGGCGAUCGGUUUACGCUUAUCGAGGUCACCAGUGGGUCGCGUACGACGAUGUCAGAUCGAUCAAGGACAAAGUCGAAUACAUCAAGCAAAUGGAUUUGGGCGGUGCGAUGGUCUGGUCGCUCGACAGCGACGAUUUCAGUGGGGUGUGCGGCGGUGGCAAAUAUCCUCUGCUCACUUGCAUCAACAAGAAUCUUCGGGGCCGAUGAUAAUUCGAGUUAAGAAGUCAAAAUACUUGUAGGAUUAUGAAAACAGAUCGGGAGACCAGGAAAAUUCGGUGGCCAGUUUGCCACGAGCAUCGUGUUCAUAUUUCAAAUAAUUUUCACUCGAUAACUAGAAAGAAAAAUAUUGUAAAAAAGAAUAGAUAUUUUCUGUCGAUUAAAUAGAAAAUAUAAAUAAAAUAAUACAGCAUAGACCCGUAGUUUCUUCGAAAAAUGCUUAAAGUUAGGAUUUUUCGAAACUCCUCUCACGAGGAACGAUCAAUUCCAUUGGUUCAACCCUCCGAACGGUUGCUCAG